GUUUAAGUUGGGUAGUAUUGGAAUGAAAAAGAGAAGGCAAAUUUUUGUUUAGUUUUAGGUUAAAAGAAAACCCUAGGAUCUUCUUCUUGUUCUUAGAAUUCAAUAGAAAAUUUUGUUUGUUUUGAGAAUACAACAAUGGGGAAAGUAACUCGUCAUCCAAUGGACAAGGAGAUGAUGAACAAUUUGGUGAAGUAUGUAAUGGGGAAGCCUUUUCCUGGUAAGCAUACUGUUAUGGAUGUCGAUGAUGUUUACGGAAUCAGAAUUUUCAGUCCAUCACAAAUCCUUGAAUCUACCAAGGGCACAAAUAACAACAUACGAUUGAUGAUCACUUUUCAGAAUAAGGAAAACUGUAAAGUAUUUGCUAGUAAAGAGGCACCCGGGUUUUGGAAAUGCACACCCAAACGCAAGUCAAUUUUUGAUGCCAACAAGAGGCAUAUUGGCAACAUCAAAAUUUCGUGGUACUGCUACUACAACGUCGAUGAUGGUAGAGACAAAUCAUCAUCCAGAUUGAGACAGAGUGAAUGGCAAAUUAGAGAAUAUUAUCUCACAUCCAAAUAUCUGCCCCAAAGCAAAGUGGAGAGGAAGAAUGUCUUAUUAACGAUGAUGAUCAAGACCAAAGCUGCUGCUAAUAAUGAUAAUAAUAAUAAUAAUAAUGACGAGAAGAUGCAGAGGAUUAUUCUUGACAAGCAGGAGAUUAUGCAAUCUUUACAAUGCCUUCAACUUUAGUGAUUGAACAACAGAUUAGAGCCAGUUUGCUUUUUAGUUUAUGUUAAUAAACAUUUUUUUUUAUCAAUAUUAUCAGGUUCUAACUGCUGUUUACUAAGUUUCUUUUUUUCUUCUAAAUUUCAUAGUCUGAUAUAAGUUUUAUUCUAUUUACGACUUGUGUGUGAAAGUAAGUAAGAUUUCUCAUCUUUUGUGUAUCUGGGCUGGUCUAAUCUUUGCAUCUGCUUGUUGCAUAUAAAAAUGUUUUAUUCUGUUUCUGAAACUCCUACGCCAUUUAGCUAGUUUUAGAAUUUGGAAAUACAGAAUUUGGGAGCUUAACAGCAGUAUGUACCAAAAGCUGGUAGGAUGACCACUGCUGAUACUUUUUUGUUUGUUUAUGUUAAAAAACAUUACUAAUCUA